AUAGAAAAGAAACAAAAGUAAGUGUACACUAGAGCAUAUGCUUUUACUACAGUCUUAAGCGACCUUGUAUAUAUAGCUGCUGAUAUGUACCAUUUCUUCUCAGCAUUCUUAACAAUCCAGUCAUAAAACUACACUGUCUUCUUCUUUGUCCUCACUGAAUCAGCGAAAGAAAUAUCUAUACAUAAAGAAGGGCCUAGAAUCAUAUUGUAUUGUACUAGGUCCUAAUAAACAUUUGCAACCAUGGCAGCAGGAUCAGAAUCAGGAAAAGCUUCAGCAGCCGCCACCACAACCACAAAGAAGGCACAGCCAACAAUGCGCAGGUUCGUGGGGGUAAGACAGAGACCAUCAGGAAGGUGGGUAGCCGAGAUCAAGGACUCUUCUCAGCGAGUUAGACUAUGGCUUGGAACUUACGAUACGCCUGAAGAAGCAGCUCGAGCCUAUGAUGAGGCUGCCAGAGCUCUGCGCGGAGAAAAUGCUCGGACUAAUUUCGGUCCUGCCAAUCCAAAUUUGAGUGAAAAUGGCUCUUCUCCUUCUUCCGGUGGAACCAAUGUUUGUGAAUCUGAUGCAAGGCACGGACUAAGUUUCUCUUCCUUGAAAGCAAAACUAAGCAAGAAUUUGCAAAGUAUCAUGGCUAGGAAUUCAGAAACUAAGUCAUCAAAGAGCAGGGUAAGUGAUCACUUUACAUUUGCCAGCAUCUUCCACUUCAGGGCCAGCCAAUACCAAAGGCCUGUUGAUGUGAAGAACAUCGAGAAACUGGUUCAACCGAGUGUGAUUGUCCCUCAUGUUUCUGAUGAGCCUUCCUCUUUGGAGAACUCAAGUUUUUCAGAUUCCAGCAAUGAUUGGGUUAGUCUCAGGCAGCAUUGCUUGGAUUCCGAUGCAUCAGAUGUCAGCGAAUUUACUACGGGAGAACACGGAUUUGGUGAUCAAAUGAUGGGGUGGAUGAGUAGUCCCGAUGUGAGUGAAGAAGGCUCAAGGAGUAAGCGAUUCAAGGUUUCAUCUUCUGUGGUCCUACCUUCAACCUUUGCUGAUUCCCCACUGAGCAGUACUUCAAGAUUUUAUGAUGAAUCUCUAUCAAUUGGUUCUCCAACAUUUUGUGAUUCUCCAUACAACAAUAGCACGCCUAGUUUUUGUAAUUCUCCCUACAACGGAGAAAUUUAGGAGUUCCAUUCCCUUCCCUUUUAGACUUGUGUUGUUUUCCCAACAUUCAAGAGGUUAAUAGUUGUUUUCAUGUUUUGUGCUACUACUAGUUUGGGUCAAGAGUUAAUUUGCU